UCAGUAUAGCGACCGACUCCGCGCGGCUUGCAUGUGUUGAUCACACGGGUACGGUUUGUAGCGUUUGUGGAAUCAGUGAUUUUAUUAAAAUUAGAAAAAUGUGAUAGAAGUAGCUUCUAGAUAUCAAAUAUACAUUUGGGUUUUUAUUGUCAUGUUUGGAUUUUUAUAUAAUUGAUGUAAAGGCAGCAAUGAAAUUACAACAGCAACGGAUCACUUAGAUAAUUUCAACAAGAAUGGCUGAUGUACACCAUGAAGAUAAUUGUACGGGUCUCGGAACGUGCCGUUGCUGCCUUAAACAAGCUCCUUGUCACGAAGUCGGCAGCGUGGAAACUGAACGGGUGCCCGGAGACGGUGCCAGCAGCACCGUUCAUGAAGACCAGUUGCGGGUCAGCGACGAUGAUGGAUCAACGAACAGCACUAGGAAUAGCAUCGACCCUUUCCGUGCGGAGAGCGAUCCCGUUGCCACAGAAGGAAUGCUCAGGACGGGUCGAUAUUACAAAGGAAUUUAUUGGCCUUCAAUCACUAACAGUUUUAAGGAUGAAACGGUCGAGCUAUCGUACCAAAGGUAUUCAAGGAGACAGAGACAAAGAUCUCUCAUAAUGGUUAAUGUAGUGGACUUCGCGCUAAAGAUAUGUUUAUCUCUCGUCUAUACUUUAUCUAACAGAGACGAUGAAAAGGUCGACGGAUAUCAGAUCGCGUGGACCGCUGCCUUCGCGAUGCUCAAUGUAGCAGUGUGCCUGCUGGGGUGUUGGCGCUGUUUCGCCAAUAACUAUCUGCAUUGGGCGGCAGCUGCAACCUGGAUACUCCUAAUAGCUCAGGGUCUAAGCGGCCAAGGUAUCGGUUUCCAAGCCCCAGAGAACCAGGUGUGGUACAUGUUGUUCAUAAUAUUUGUGCCAUACGCGAUGUUGCCGCUAUCUCUCGGCUGGUGUAUUGUUAUUGGUCUCCUGUCGUCCGUGUCCCACGUGCUGGCCACCUCCGUCAAUAUGAAUGAAAUAAUGAAGGAGAAUCCUAAUGCCGCAAAAUCCUGCAGCAUGAGGUUGCUUGCUAGCAAUGGUCUGUUGUACACGGCGGUCAACUUCUCGGGGAUGUACGCAAAGUAUCUUGCUGACUGGGGUCAGAGGAAGGCGUUCCUGGAGACCCACCGAUCGAUGGUUACAAGGCAAAGCACGAAGCGAGAGAGUGACCGUCAGUGGAAGUUGUUUCAAAGCGUGAUACCGGACUUUUUAGCAAAAGAGAUUUCCAGUUACGUUUCGAGAGUACGAGGAGAGUUUCAAGAACAGCAGUUUAACAAUUUAUACAUUCAAAGGCAUGAAGACGUGUCCAUAUUAUACGCUGAUAUUAAGGGAUUCACCGAACUAUCCAGUAAAUGCAGCGCGCAAGAUUUGGUGAAGCUACUGAACGAGCUUUUUGCUCGAUUCGACAGAUUGGCUUCGGAGAACCACUGCCUCCGUAUCAAGUUAUUGGGUGACUGUUACUUCUGCGUGUCCGGACUGGCCGCUCGUCGUGAUGACCACGCUCAGUGCGCCGUAGACAUGGGCCUCCACAUGAUACGUGUGAUCAGGGACGUACGGUACAAUAAGCAGGUAUACGCGGUGGAUCUGGAUAUGCGUAUCGGUAUUCACAGCGGCACAGUAUUGUGCGGCGUGUUGGGACUGCUGAAGUGGCAGUUUGACCUCUGGUCUUAUGAUGUAUCUCUCGCUAACCAUAUGGAAAGCGGAGGCUUACCCGGUCGAGUGCACAUAUCAGCGGCGACCAUGGAGUGCUUGCAGGGAGAGUUUCAAGUGGAACCGGGCGAGGGACACCUAAGGGACGCCGUCAUUAGGGAACUCAACAUAACAACUUACCUCAUCAAGGCAACCGAGCAACCACGACGAGCGAGGCAUAAGUCGAAUAACAACAGCAUUCGACCGCAGCAGCCAACGGAGACUCCGCGCCGCACGAGCAGCACUACUGUGGAAGAAGAAAACACUACCGAUUGGACUCCCGAGAUGCCUUUUCAAAAUUAUUUCAACAGCAGCGCCCACGGGCUUGUGAGAGUUUCACGUCGAAAUAAUGGCGAGGACGUCGAAAAUGGACAGGACAUGGAACUGAGCACUAUAUCGGAGGACGACGAUAUAAUAAACCAUUCUAUCGAGGUGAGCAGCAAUCGCCGUAUGCGCGCUCAACACAUGCGUCCGUGUUCGCUACGCUUCCGCCGAGCGUCGCUGGAGACGCGCUUCGCCCAACUCGACGAGACCACUUUCAAGUCUAACGUCAUGUGCUGUCUCGUGAUCUGGAUCUUCAUUGUGGCCGUUCAGUAUAUUAUACAUUUUAAUUGCUGGGUGCUAGUUGUAACUCUAAUGGCGAUGACGAUUCCCCUCGUGUUAUCGUUCGUGGUGGUGAUGGCGGAAGAGUUCCCGCGGGCUCUGCCGCUCCUCACCCGUCUCUCUGCAGCACUCAGCGGCAACAGGUUCCGAAGGAAUCUGCACAUCUGCUGCUUCGUCACCAUAAUGUCUAUAUCCAGCACUAUCAAGUUAUACAUUUGCCAGAAUUCGUUUCCUAUAGAUACGAACGCAACUUUAAUUAACGAUACAAUUGCUCUCAAUAUGACUAACCUUUCCGACGAUGAGAAAUUUGAAGAAUGUUAUAAGCCAGAGUACGUCGUAUUUACCUGGAUCCUCAGCCUGGUCGCUUUGACUUCGAUCUUAAAGCUGUACUAUUUAAUCAAAACACUCCUCGCCAUCAUCAACGUGGCUAUGUUCUCAAUCCUAUUAUUUCAACACUACAAUGCAGAUAAUUUCAGUAAUGGAGUCUAUGAUACUCAGCUCCCCUUCUAUGUGCAAAUGUUGAUUCUGAUGACAAUGUUCUUGGUGAUAGUUGUGUAUCAUGCGAGGCUGGUUGAAGUCACCUCUCGUCUCGACUUCUUGUGGAAGCUUCAGGCGGAAACAGAUUUGAAAGAAAUGAAAGAAACCCAACGAACCAACAGACACCUCCUCAAACAUAUCCUUCCCGAUCACGUCGUCAAGCAUUUUCUAUCGAAGGACAGAUGCCCAGACGAACUAUAUUCUCAAUGGAGAGACGAGGUCGGUGUCAUGUUCGCUGGGAUACCAAACUUCCAUGAGUUCUACUCUGAACAAAAGGCGAUCGACUGCAUGAGGCUUCUCAACGAGAUCAUUUUUGAUUUUGAUAAGUUACUCAUGCAGCCUCGUUUUAAGAGUAUCGAAAAAAUCAAAACUAUAGGAGCAACCUACAUGGCAGCAUCUGGCCUCAAUCCUAACCAUAAGUCAGCAGACGAAGAUUGCGAACAUCUCUGUGCGCUAGUGGACUAUGCAUUCGCAAUACGAGAGGCUUUGGAGGAUAUCAACAAACAUAGCUUCAAUAAGUUCCGACUCAGAGUUGGUAUAAGUUGUGGUCCGCUGGUCGGAGGCGUGAUCGGUGCACGGAAGCCGGUGUAUGAUAUCUGGGGGAAUACCGUGAACGAGGCCUCCCGCAUGGAGUCCACCGGCGCCAUGGAUCGUAUACAGGUCACCAAAUAUACUAAACAAGUGCUGGAGCGUCGCGGGUACUCGCUGGAAAGACGAGGAGCCGUGGAGGUCAAAGGAAAAGGUCGCAUGGAGACGUGGUGGGUUCAACGAGGACGGCGGCGCGCUGGACCUCUCCCCGCGCCCGCACCACCCCGCUCACUCGCCGCCCUGGUGUACACGAUGCUGCAGGCUCGUAAGAGGAUCUAUACGCAUCCUCUCGAUGGGCCACAACCACAUCAUGCCAACGCGAGCGGCUCGAACAGCAUCCGAAGACGAACAACACGGCCGGGUACAGCAAGACAUAACACGGAGUGGAGACGAGCUCAGUCACGAAUCGAGACAGGCACCAACGGCGACAGUUAUACAAACAUCAGACCGCACUCCAGUAGUAUGGUGGCCCGUCGCCCGGAGAUGGCGCCGCCGGUCGUUGGCAGCAUGUCCGCGCCGCACACGCCCACCACCUCCCACGUGUCACCCGAGCGCAUGUUCGCGGGCCCUAAACUGGGCCUCGGAGCGAGGCUCAAGGCUGCCAGCUUCUCCUACCGCUCGAGGCCUAACAGAGAUCGCUCCCCGAAGAUUCGAGAAUCGACGGACAGUUCCGCGGUCUCGCCCGCCAACGGCGCGCCUGGAUCCUUCAGAUUCAGAUCCGUAACUACAGCCUCAUUCUUCAGAAGUAAGAACAAAGACAGAAGAAAAGAUCAGGACACGAACGAAGAGAGCGGUGACACUGUCACCACUCGAAUGUAGGUGUAAACAUGGAUAAGCAAAUCAAUCGACAAAAUGUUAUACCCUUUUAUUGCCACUGGACCCUUACCAGUGUUAUGCUUUUUGUAAAUCCUUUUUAUUAUAUAAUUUAUAUGAGUAUUCAAAUUUAAAUUCGGCGGUUAAAUUAGUAAGUAACUGAGAUGUAUGUAGUAUGUAUUAGAUACAUGAGAUCAAGAAGAUGCCAAAAUAUUUAUGUACACAAAUAUAUAAUAAUUUGUAUAAAAACGUAAUUAGUACGACAUAUUUUAAUUAUCGUUCAAUUAGUGUUAGUAGGGGGAGACUAAACGCUAAAGGAUAGUCCAAUUGUUAGUUAACUUUGGCUAACUAAGUAGAUGUUACGACUUAGGAUAUAAAAUACCUUGAAGGAAUUGUCGAAAUUAUGUACAUACAUAUAUAUUUUAUUGCAGAUAAAAUUAAAAUAACAAUCUUAUUGAAAUGAAAAUUUAUGUGAUUGAUUCAUUUAGUUAUCUAAUGUAUGACUUCCUAUGUCUGCUUAAUAAUAAGAAAAGAUACAAAAGCUAGGUAUGUAGAUAUUUUUUAAUCACGUCGCAGUAGGCAGCGAAUGUACCUAGUUGUGCACAAAAUGUUUAAAGAAACUUACUAUAACGUCAGUAUGUUUAUUUACGUAUAUAUAAUGCGUGUAUAAUCUGUCUUCGCACAUUUGUACUUUUGUAAGCACAGACUAUUAUUAUUUUACUGUUGGACAGAUUAUUGUACAAUGCCAAAGAACUAUUGAUCUCCAAUUAUUUAUAAGAGAGGACGCGGGUAAUGAAGAUGUAGCCGACGAUUAGACGUAUAAGUCUGUAAAUAUAUAUUUAUUAGGAUUUGAUGUAUUUAUUAUAUAACUAUAGAAAAAAAGACUAGAAAUGAUGUAACAGAGCCAAAUAAUUUAUUUUAAAUAGUAUUUCAAUGUGCUAACAAAAUAUAUUUAACGUAAUUAACUAUA